ACGAGUGCCCCUAGAGCUAGCCAGUCAUCUAUGCCAAAUCCAACCCCAACUAUACGCCUAGCAUAGAACCUGAACAUAACUGCCAUUGUCGUAAUCAAGGAGAAAAUAGAGGCCAUAACAAUGAGGCCGGUCCGACUGUUGGCUUGUUGCAAUUUUAUAGAGUUAGCCAUCAUGAAGAUGCCUUAGAAAUUGAGCCAGUGUGUAUCAUUUGGUUCACAUGAAGGCGUUGAUGAAAGAGAAGAAGCAGAACACUAUCUCGAUGAUAAAAUAGGAUCGGGGCCUCGACAAACCCCCAUAAACUACCGUAUCCAAAAGCGCAAUAUAAAGUAACACAGCAGGUAUCAUAACUGGUUAGGCUGUGCAACCCCAUGGGUUGCAUCCGUUUGUCUCUGGUAGCACUGGACCCGAUGAGACAUGCGCGGUUAGCCUUGGAAAUUGCCAGAAUCUGCGAGAGAGAUGGCCGCCCGCCCACCUACAAAGACCAACACGAUGCCCUGGCUUACAAUGUAGAGUCACUUUUGGGUUACUCUCAUAUUGGCAAAAGAAGCUAUCCACCAUCGCACUCUAAUCAAUAUGGUCUCAUACCAUGAGAGAGAAGAGCAUUAUGGCCUGCUCGCUGAUGAUGGGGCGGCCGGAGGCCUGGAUGAGAAAGCCCAGUCUCAAGUGACGACCUCCCCUUCCACAUGGAAAACCCACAAAGUCCCUAUUGUAAUCUUUUCAAUUUCAAUCAUAACCAAUAUACUAUUGAUUUUUGGUAUCAUCCAUUUGACCGUAAGGACCGACCCAUCGUCGAGGUACGCAAACCUCCGGCGCACUCGCGAGGAGCCCUAUGUUCUUGUGACUCAAUACAGCUCGGACAAUGACACUCUCCAAGACCAGCUCUGGCACAAUAUCAAUGUCGAUUCCGCAGUUGUCGCACUCUCCGACGAAUGGGCAGCUCGGCACGACCUUCGAACUGCACAGAGAUUCCCUUGGGACCAGACGAAAGGAAUAUACAUCCUCCACGGCUACCACAACCUGCACUGCCUCAAAAUCAUUUACAUCUCCCUCUCCGAGUACAAACGAGGAGCUCCGCAAACCCGUUCGUGGCACCAUAUAAGCCACUGUCUAGACGCCCUGAGGCGGCAGAUCCUGUGUGAUGCUGACGAUACGCCGCGGGCUACGGACCGUCGGGCAGAAGUUGUUAGCGGUCUUCUGCAGCAUCGCAAAUGCCGCCGCUGGGAAGACCUGGAGGAUUUUGCACGUCGUCACACGGGUUGCUACAAGCGGCCUGAGAAUCCAGAGACGGAUUCAGAAUCUAUGAUUGAAAGGUUUAAGCACUGCCCGCCUGGUAGUGGAUAUGUUAUCGCCGACAAUUAUGUGCCCUCUGACAAGUUCUUAAUAGGGCUGCCUGCAGAAUCUUUGGAUGAUCACUGAGGAGCAGUCCGGAGCUUUGUGGUCGAAUUUUGGAUAACACCAGUGUAUUGGAAUUUUCUGCGGUGACCGACAAGCUGUUGCUUGCAAAUGGCCCAUAAGUCAUAAGCAAUUGUAGAAGUGGGCUUCCAUACCUAUGUAAAUACCUGUUCUGUAGAGCAUUUGAACAUUCGAAUUUAUGUCUCUAGGGCUUAUUUUAUUGAA